AUGUCACCAAACAUUUCUUUCGACUCCGGCACUAUCGAUAGAUUCAACCGGGCAGCAGCCGGGUAUAUCGUGCCUCUCCUUCUCAUAGUAACGAACCUGAUUACCUACAUCAACAAGGAUGCAUCCAAAACUUAUGAUCUUACUGUCCUUAACGUCUUUGCCAACCUCUAUUUGCUUGGAGCCUAUCUUAGAGGCGACAGAUCGAAGAUAAUAUGGCUCCGAUGGACUUUCGAAAUCAAGCAUGCCGUUGGUCUGGCAGAAUGCGGGCACUUCAGUGGGUACGCCGGCCCAAACAAAGAGAUCUACUAUCAGUAUGAGACUGAUGACGGCCACUGCGACACCGUCAUCGAACAAAUCGAGAUUGAACGGGCAAUUGAGCGGCAUAUCAAAAGGGAAGGAUCAACUCUUCGUACCACCGAAUGCAUGGACCUUACUGACAAUUGGGUUUGGAACGGUCACUUACUCAUUGGACCGACUAAGGGCUUCGACUAUGAGAUAGAAUGCGGGCCUAAGCUUAUUGUUAUUCCAGUGUCCAUGAUGUGGGAUUUGGAGAGUUUGGAGAAAGCAGAGAAGGAGAAAGAGGAGAAAGCUGAGAAGGAGAAAGAAAAGCAAGCCGACCGUGAGCUGUGA